AUCCGGGUCGAGAAGAUGGCACGCUUGUGAGGAACAUGUGAGAUUUACUUGCAGGAGAGUUACAUGUUUCUACAUCAAGUUUUACUAACGCAAAUUGUGAAAAAUGGCAUCUAUGGAAGAAGAUUUUCCCCGUGGAGGUACCGAGAGGAAAAAACCCACCGACCUAAUCCCACAUGACGUGGACAAUCUUUUUGAUACACCUGGAAAAGCGAUUAAGAAGAAGAAGAAGGCUGUGAAGCAGGAUGAAGCGCCAAAACCUAAAAAACAGAAAGUGGAUGAAGAGAAUAUCAAACUCAACACGACCACCACUGUCCAAAUUCUGCAUCUUAGGGAUCUGAGGGUUGGCACUCUAAUGCUGGGUUGUGUGAAGGAAGUGUCAGAUUUUGAGGUUGUAGUCGGUCUCCCAAGCGGCCUCGUUGGUUACCUGCCGAUCUGCAACAUCUGUGAUGCCUACACCAACAUUCUCAAUGACAAACUGGACACUGAUGAUGGCCUAGAGGAAGUUGUCCCUCUUUCCAAACUCUUCACUCCUGGAAUGCUGAUCAGAUGUGUCGUGUCGUCUUUAGACUCUGCCAAAGAGGGUCAUAUUAGCCUUAAAUUGUCAAUCAACCCAAAAGAUGUGAACAAGGCAUUGAAUUCAGCUGCUUUAAAGCCUGGAAUGACACUGAGCGGCUGUGUGGAGAGUGUUGAAGAUCACGGCUACCUGGUGGACAUCGGAAUUGACGGCACUAAAGCUUUCCUGCCCAAAAAGAGCACAUCCUCAAAACAAGAUCUGAAUGUGGGUCAGUACACGCUGGUCCUGAUAGAGGAUGUCAAGGAUAGUGGGCGUGUGGUGCGCCUGUCCCAGAAUCCCCAGGCUCUUGUAAAGGCCUGCGCAGAGACCAAGCAAGGAUGGACUUUAGACAACCUCCUUCCUGGACUGCUGAUCCAUGGACUGGUCAAGAGAGUCACUCCUCACGGACUUAUAGUGACGUUUCUUUCAUCUUUCACUGGAGUGGUGGAUUUUCUGCACCUUGACGAGGACAAGGCGUCUACUUACAGCCAAGGAGAUGAGGUCCUGGCGCGGGUUCUGUACAUUCAGCCUUUGACCCACCAAGUGGGUCUCUCUCUGCGCAGUCAUCUGCUGCCACCAGGCGGCGCUGUGCUGGAUCUGCACGUCAGUGAGCGAGUGGGUGAGGUGGUGCAGGGCUGUCAGAUGACUAGUUUACACCAUUACUCAGGAGCCCUGAUGAAGAUGCUUGACGGUAACAGAGCCUUUGUGCAUAAAAACCUGCUGAAGGAGUCCAAAGAAGAGCUCAACACAAACCACUUGAUGUCCCAGACUGAGCAUAUUCUGAGGAUCAUGAAUUACAGUCCAAUAGAGCAGAUCUACCAGGCCACGCUCCGCUGGAGCGCUAUUGAAACGCCGUUCUUUAGCUAUCAAGACUUCAAAGUGGGACAAAUUGUUGAGUGUACAGUUACGGAUUUGCAGAAACAUGGCAUUUACGUGAGGAUUGGGGAGCACAUUAGAGGGAUGAUACCCAGAAUUCACCUGGCCGAUGUCACCCUGAAGAACCCAGAGAAAAAAUUUUAUCCGGGUCUGAUAGUCAAGUGCAGGGUUUUGUCAGUGGAGGCUCAGAAGAAGCUGUUGAUCUUGACCAGGAAGAAGGCUCUUGUGGAGUCCACGCUCCCCAUCUUUCAGUCGUAUUCUGACGCCCGGCCGGGCCGCAUUUCUCAUGGCUUUGUCGUGUGUGUAAAGGAGUUUGGCUGCAUCGUUCGCUUUUAUGAAGAUGUGAAGGGUCUGGUUCCCAUGCAGGAGCUGACCACUGAAACGGUCACAAAUCUAGAGGAGCUCUUCUUCGUUGGACAGGUUGUCAAGGUCAAAGUGUUGAAGUGCGACGUGGAAAAAAAGAUGCUCCGAUUGUCCUUCAAGUCUGUUACCGAGGAGGAUAUCAAAGAGGAGCAGAUCGCCAAAUUUGACUUCAUUGUUGGAAAGAUGGUCGACGCAAGAGUGUGCCGAAAAGUCCUGAACGGUCUUGAGGUCUCCAUUAUUCCUGAGGAAGUGCAAGCUUUCCUACCCACAACACAUCUCUCUGAUCAUGUGACCAACUGUUUGCCCCUGUGGAUGGCGCUGGAGGAAGGCGACACCAUCUGUAAUCUGAUGUGUCUCACCAACUACAAAAAGAAGGGCAUUGUUCUCACCAAGAAACCGCACCUGAAGGCUUAUCUUGAGGACAGCGCCGUCCCGAAGAACUUCUCGGAGCUCCAGGUGGGGAUGCAGAUGGUCGGCUGGGUGAAGAACAUCAUGCCGUAUGGCGUCUUCAUCAGUUUCCCUUACGGAGUCUUCGGCCUUGCUCCUAAAGCCAACAUGGGUGACCAGUUCAUCAAGGAAACCUCAGGCAUCUUUGAUAUUGACCAGACGGUUGUGGCCAAGGUGACUAAUCUAGAUGAAGAAAAGCAAAGGUUUCUGGUCAGUCUGAAGCUGUCUGAACUGAGUCUCUCUGAGAACGAGUUUCACACCAGACUGAUUCAGGGUCUGAAGGAAAGGAGGAAUAUUUCGGAGAUGAGGGCUGGCAGAGGGGACUCUGACGUCCUGCAGAAGCUCUCUGCUCUAACCGUAGGAGAUAAAAUGAAGAUGAUUGUGGGAGAUACUAAUGAGGAUGGUUCGGUCAUGUUGACCUCAGAUCAGCUCAGUGGUGUCACUGUAUUGGCCUCAAAGUACCACAAAGAAGGUGUGAAUUUGACUCCGGGUUGCAAACUCAACGCAGUAAUUCUCCACGUUGACUUUGUAAAGUCUCAAGUUCAUGUAUCGCUGCGUCCAAAGCUGAUCAUAAAGAAAGAGAAGUUGGAAAAGGACGCCAGAUUCACAGCAAAAGUCCAGUUUGCCGACAAAGACUUUGCUGUCGUUUCAUUGGCUACCACCAGUGACCUGACCUUCUUUCCCACCCGCCCUCAUUUAAACAGCAUUUUUGACUCCAAGCAGUUUUCCGUUGGCUCCUGUUUGGAUGUGAAAGUCGAUGAUCCCAACUGUGAGGAUUUAGCAGGCUUUCCACUUAUUUCGUAUCAGUUUAUGAAUGCCAAACGCGAGGUUCACACACCCAACGAAGAGCGUCUCGGGGAGCUGAUGAAGGUUACGGUGACGAAAGUGAAGGCGCUCUGUGUGUUGGUGAAUCUGCCGUCGGGAAACACUGGAAGAGUCCACGUUUCACAGAUAUUGGAGUUUCCUGACAUCGGCAGCUGCCCAACAGCUGUUCUUAGGGUCGGGAUGGAGAUGGAGGCCCGAGUGAUCGGAGGACGUUCAGUUCGUGCCCACAACUUCCUGGCGAUCUCUCAUCCCGAUUAUAAUAUCUCCAUCCCUGAGCUCAGUUUUCUAGAAAGUAAACUGAAGGUUUCAGACAUGGUGAACAAACGAAAAUACAAACCUGGAGAUGAAGUCAUAUGCUUCCCGUCAAAAUACAGCAAAGAAACGCAGCUCUUGGAAGUUCAUGUGAAGCCCAACAUCAUGGGAACCAUUCCUCUGUUAGCCAUGUGUAACAAACUUGGGCUCUCCAAACACCCGCAGAGGCUUUUUAAACCAGGACAGGCCCUUUCUGCAAAGGUUGUCAGUGUUGAUCCCAAAAAGCCUUUCCAGUUUUCCCUGUCUCUCACAGGGACGCACAAACUGGAGCCAGGCAUGAACACCUUGGCCAUGGUUCAGAAAGUCGUGCCUCACAAGGGACUGAUGCUCACGCUCCCAUAUGAGAAUACGGGUCUUGCUCAGCUAACGGAUCUCUCUGAUUCAUACAUGGAGAAGCCACUGGAGUCCUACAAACGGGGCCAGAUCAUCCGGUGUCAUGUCAUCGAGAAGAGGAAAAACGAAUUCAGCGUUUCGUUACGUCCCUCCAGACUGAAUAAGGACAAGCAUGAAAUUGUAGCAGACCCAGAAAUUCAGUCAAUUGCUGAUAUAAAAGAGGGUCAGAAUAUCAGAGGAUAUGUGUCGUCUGUUAACGACCAGGGCAUAUUUCUAAGGUUAUCGAGGACUAUAACAGAAGAGUUCUGUUUCCAAAAUGCUACGAAAUACUAUAUGAAUGACCCAAAAGUCCUUAUUGAACACGUUGGCCAGAAUGCAUUGGUGGGCAAGGUUCUAAGCGUGGACUCUGCGAACCUCCAUGUGAACCUGUCGCUGCUGUCAAAAGACACUGGGAAACCAGAUCUGCUCCCAGAAUCUCUGGAACUGCCACUGCGUCUGACAGGAGAAGAGAAGGAGAAACAUGACAAAAAAGCUGCUGUCAAGAGGAAGAAAACUCUUUCUGAGAGCCAGCAGCAAGACAAUGAGAUUCCUGCACAGAAGACCAAACGGAUAAAAGUCGACGACGAAUGCAGACUGAUUGAAGAACCCACAGAACAGACGAAAACGCUGGAGAAGGAGAAGAAAAAGAAAAAGAAAUCGAAAAAGGAGGACAGUGACAGUGGUGUAGAGGUGUUCUUCAGAGAGACGGAUGAGACUGUGCCGGAUAAAAAGUCAGCCAAAGUAAAGGUUAAAUGCAAGGAAGAGGAACCAAACCGGCUUCAAGUGACAUCUAGGUUCCCAUGGGAGUCCACACUGGGCUCUUUAACACCUUUUGCCCCAGCAGACGACAACCAGAACUCCAGUGAGGAUGAGGAGGAAGUCAAGAGCAAGCAACCCCGGUUGAAGAAGUCCCGUAAAGAGCUGAAGCAGGAGCAGCAGAACACAGAGCAAAAGCUCAGCAAGCUGGAAGCUGAGCUCAUGGACACGUCUGUACGGCCUGAUAGCUCGACAGCGUUUGAGCGUCUGCUCCUGUCGUCUCCCGACAGCUCCCUCCUCUGGUUGCAGUACAUGGCUUUCCAUCUACAGGCUACGCAGAUCGAGCAGGCCCGUGCGGUCGCCGAGAGAGCCCUCAAAACCAUCUCCUUCAGAGAGGAGCAGGAGAAGCUGAACAUUUGGGUGGCCAUGCUGAAUUUGGAGAACAUGUACGGGACACCAGACAGCUUGCAGAAAGUUUUCGAACGGGCCAUCCAGUAUUGUGAACCUCUUCUUGUUUACCAGCAGCUGGCCGACAUUUAUGCCAAGUCGGAAAAGAUCAAAGAGGCUGAGAGUCUUUAUAAAAGCAUGGUGAAGCGUUUCAGACAGGACAAAGCAGUUUAUCUGAGUUACGACUUCCUGCUUCGACAACGGCAAAGCGACGCUGCCAAUGCUCUUCUGCAGAGGGCGCUUCAGAGCCUGUCGAGUAAAGAACAUGUGGACCUCAUUGCCAAAUUUGCUCGGCUGGAGUUUCAGUUUGGGAAUUCAGAGAAAGCCAAGUCUAUGUUCGACAAGGUCCUCACUACAUACCCCAAACGCACAGACCUGUGGUCUGUCUUCAUAGACUUAAUGGUGAAGCACGGCUCUCAGAAGGAAGUGAGGGAGCUUUUUGAUCGCGUGAUUCACCUGAGUGUGUCAGUGAAGAAGAUCAAGUUCUUCUUCAAGCGUUACCUGGAGUACGAGAAGAAGAACGGCACACCUGAGACCAUCCAAGUGGUCAAACAGAAAGCUCUCGAAUAUGUGGAGUCCAAAGGAGCUGAAGCCACUAGCUAAAAACACCUGUUUUAUAUUUGACAAGACAUCUGAAGACAAAGACUCUUUUAUUGUCCACCCAAUAGUUCAUUCCUCUGCUUCUUUUUCAGCUAUUUAAGUGUCUAUAGGUGCUUUAGUGACGUUUGCAUCUGUUGAAUCAUUAAAUGUGAUCAAAUAUGACCAUGAAUUAAAAACAAUCCUGUAAUGUUGAGACAUGCAAUAAAGAUCUUGCUUUCUAAA